UUUGCCGCCGUCCGCCUCACUUUGCCCAUCUCCUGCAGGCUCACCACCCUCGACUUGUUAGAUGGAACAUGCGUGCACACACGCACACGCACCCACGCGCGCGCGCGCGCACACACACACACACACACACACAUACAUCCAGAGGGAUGGAUGCAUGGAUGGAUGGGUUCCCACCUCCUGAUGAGCAUCGACACAACAAGCGAGUAUGUGUGGCGUUCGUCCUUGCAUGCAGGCAUUCCAAAGGCAGGUUCUGACGACUGAGAGCCCGAAGCGGUGAAGAAGCCGACAAUAGCUGUGCCCUUUCGAGGCAAGUCACCAAAAGUGCUCUUCUUGUCUUUCUUAUGGCCUUGGAAACUCGUAAUCUCGACUCUUUGUUGCGGCGUGCGAGGAUUGGCGAUUGGCGCAGCCCCGGAGCAUCGCGUAGGGGCAACCCGCCAGGAUAAAUACCGUCUCAUUCCUCCUAAUCGUCAUAGCUUCUUGACAAUUCGAGCCAUUUUUGCCCUGAACCAGGUUCGCGUGAGGGCAGACAAAUCGCAUUUCCCAUGUCCCAGCCGUUGCCAUGUCUUCUUCAACAGAGAUGAACAGGUACUGGAUCCCCCGGUUGGACAUCCACAAAAAGAUCAUCACUCAGGAACUUCCCUACUAUCUCGGGCCCGAUGCAACCGUCAGGCCGUACACAAACGAGGGAGAAGAUGGGUUUCUCAUCACUACCCCAGGCCCUUGCCUGACCGACGAGCAAAUCGACGACAUUUGCAGAAAGUCCAAGGAGAUUUGGGAGCGGCAGGCGGCCAUACGAGCGCAAGAAGCGGACAAGCCACUCAAAAGGCCGCUGCACCAGCCGGUGGUGAUAUCUCGAGGGUCGAAUGAUUCGUCGCGGAGGAGACACGAAGCUCACCGAAGCCACGAGCGACACCGACGGUACGACGACAGGCGGCGUGAGUGAGCCGGAGCAGCUCCAAGCUUGGUAGCGCCGGCCAUUGUGAUCGAGAUCUCUCAGAUUGGGUCAGACAUUUUCGGCUCUAAGCGUGAACACUAAAGGCGUUGCAGGCGGCCGGGUUGGCCCUUUGAUGCAUGUCGGGAGGGAUUUGUGGGAUUCGAUGAUUCGAGGCGUGCAGUGAUGGAAGGUCGUGUUUCUCUGGUGAGGGGAAGCGUUUGAGUGGCCUCGUUGAUGGCCGCAGCGGACAGUGGACCCAACAGAAUAAUCGUUAUUUGACUGGCCGGGCAACAGAGGCGAGACUAAGCGGCAGAACAAAGAUCUGUUUGAUUGGGGAUGGGCAGAACUAUGUGCCGUGGAAUCGUCCAGCAGCAGUCCGCCAUCUGGCAAAGCUUUCGAGGAGGACCCAAUGGUAACGACCGACCCUCCGGCGCGACCUUUCUCGCUCCUAAUAGGUAUGCGUAUGCGAAAGUGUUGUGAGAGACGCGCAGCAAAAGUGCAGCGCCAGCGGGAUGCGGCCAGCUAGUCUUUGCUCGACCAGAUACCCAAUUGUGCAUAUUUCUCAGUUCCCGAAUAGACAAGAUGCAUUAGAAUCGGAC